UCCAGUGACAGCUGACACUUCCGGGAAAAUGGCGGCUUGGAGAACGGGAUUCCUUGGAUUUGCUCGUAAAUUGGUGGCCCUCGGGGGCCCCGGGAUACGGAUAGCGCCAGGAGUGACUCGUAUGGCUGGAGUGGCCCUGGCCGGUGCUGGGGCAGUGUAUUCCGGGCUGCUGCUAGUGAAGAAUGGCGGAUACAGGAGCCCGGGAGUGCUGCUGGUGUGCGCAGAGAGUAAAGAAAUUGUUGACGAGGCACAAGAAAAGCAGUCUCUCCGGAAGCAGCGCUUUAUGCAUUUUGCCUCUCUGGAGUAUGAUGGAGAAUAUUACAUGACCCCGCGUGACUUCCUCUUCUCAGUAAUGUUUGAGCACCUUCAGCAUAAAACCAAUACUCGGACACUGACAAAAAAGGAAUUUGAAUCCAUGCUUUCUCGGGCAGCUAAAGCUAAACCAGGGCCAAAAUUUUUCCGAGAUUUAGGUGAUAAAGGGCUGAUCUCCUACACAGAGUACCUCUUUCUGCUGACGAUUCUUACAAAACCAAAAACUGGAUUCCAGAUUGCAUUCGAGAUGUUAGACGCUGAUGACAAUGACCAAGUCGACAAGAAAGAGUUUUUUAAGUUGCAGAAGAUCCUUGGCACAAAAGAUGAACUCAAGACAGACUCCAUGCAGGAGUCCAUGUCAGACAGUGCAGACAUCAACACAACCUUGCUUGUUCAUUUCUUUGGACGUGGAGGACGGGAUAAGCUGCAGUAUUCCAGUUUCUACAGCUUUAUCGAAAAUCUGCAGACGGAGGUGCAAGAAAUGGAGUUUGCACAGUUCUCAAAGGGUUUGGACUUCAUGAGGAAAGAGGAUUUCGCAGAAUGGCUGCUUUUUUUCACAGAUGAGGAGGACAAUGACAUCUACUGGCAUAAUGUGAGGACAAGGAUCCCCCCGGGAGAAAGUAUCAGCAUAGAGGAGUUUAAGACAUUUUAUCACUUCAUGAACAAUCUGGAAGAUUUCUCCAUCACUAUGAAAAUGUUUAGUUCUGCAAACAAAGCCGUGAAACUGGCUGAAUUCAAACGAUCAGUGAAAGUGGCAACAGGACAGGAAUUAUCAGAAAAUGUCCUGGAUACAGUCUUCAAGAUCUUUGAUCUUGAUGGAGACAAUUGUUUGAGCCAUGGAGAGUUUUUGGGUGUCCUGAAGAACAGGCUCCAUAGAGGAUUAAAGCAUGUGCCGCAGCAGCAAGGAUUACAAGGCUACUGGAAAUGUGUCAAACGGGAAACCAUUAAAGGAGCCAACGAAGUCUUAAAACAAGUCGGGAAGAGUCCGUUUUAAGGCUUUGCUGAGAUUUUAUCAGAUGUAUUGUUUUACUGGAUUGUCAUUUCCAUAUAUGUGUGUUUAGGUAUUGUUUACUGGUUUAUCGCAGUCUGUUCUGCCGCACCGCACUGGUCUCAUUCUCCUCUUCUUCCUGUGCUGUAUCUGUACUGAACAGGCUCUGCUGUCCUGUAUCUGACGUAGGCCUCAUGUGCUGCUCCGGUGCCUGGGAAAUAAUCACCCCGGAAGGCUUUGCCAUUCUUAUCAUGCAACAUAUACCCAUAAUUAUAUGAUUUCCUCUGACCUCGGCAGGUGUCCUACUUAUAUUCCAUCGAUUACUCCUCAGAGGAGCUGGAAACCGAUCAUUACAAAUUCAUAAGUUAUAGGGGAUUGUCUGAGUCUGAGGGAAAUCAAACCCUUCCGUCCUGCCCCCAUUAACAAGACCACGCUUCUCCAGUGCCUAUGUCUGGUAUUGCAACCAAGCCUCAUGCACCUGGAUGUAUUAAAGAGAAGCGGUCUGCUCCUGUGACAUGUCUGCUUUAGGAAAUACUUGCUUUCCCCAUGCAAUAACAAUUGUCAAUUUAGGCCCCUUUCAGACGAGCAGGUGUCACGCUGCGGACUUCGCAGCGUGACACCCGGCUUCAACUUCCAGCACUGAGGUGUCUCAUAGCAAUAUAUUGAUUGACGAUGCUAUGUAACCCGUAGAGGACUGGAAUGUAUUGGACAACACUGACGGCAGGCUUACACAGCAUCAUAAACCAAUAUAAAGCUAUGCCACCCCGGCAGUGCUGGAAGGUCAGGCCGGGUGUCAGGCUGCGAGUCCGCAGAGUGACACCCGCUCGUCUGAAAGGGGCCUUAUUCUAACAUUUACAGGAUGAUUAAUAGAGGAAGGACACAACACAGUAUUGAAAGGUGCCAUAGGGAUUACAAGCAGUUAAUAAAACAGACAUGUGAGGAGGGGACAGUUAGGUAAUGGAUGUUCCACUAAUGGAGUGAAGAACUUACCGGUCCGGUAAAGUCAUUCUCCGGUGCUGGGAAACAUUACUGGGCGCGCUGAUGUGUGCAUCCAUAUCUGUGUACCGUAUACAACAGCGUGCUUCUUGUAGCAUGUCAUCCUCGGAUGUAUAUAAAAUAUACACACAGAUCGUCCAGGAUCAGACUAUUGCAUUGCACAAAUGACAUGUUGGUAGGGCAUCUCUCGUCUAGGACUGCCUCUUUCUUUGGAUGAACCAUUCAUUUACAAGCCGUAUACAAAGAUCUCAGUAUCCAGAGUAAGCGUUCUGUGAAAGGACAUUCUCUGUAUCCCUCACCAACAUGACAUACAUUAUCCGUCCACAAGAUGGCGAUAUACACCAAAGCACUGUGAUGAUAACGCUGUGCUUGGCUAUCUCGGGCAGUCCCAUAGAGAAUGGAUGGAACGGCAGCGCACUUGCUUGACUUAAUGCUCCUUUCAUUUAAGGACACAGGUACCCCCGUUCUUGUGAUUGUUUAGACCCAGAGCGAUCAGAUACUUAUCUACUAGCCUGCGGAUACGUAAAUACAUUUGUAUUGAGGGAAAACCCCUUUAAGCAUAAAACUUAAACAAAAAGAUUGAAAAGAAAAAAAAGAUAUAUGGCGCUUUGUGAUCUGUAGUAGCCUAACUUCUGGGAGCACCAACGAACCCACAGCGGAGCUACCUGACCCCCCCCCCCCCCCAUCCCCUAACUGCAGCUGACCACAUUGACUUUAACGGGGCCAUGUUUCAGUUCCCAGUAAAGCUGGGAGAGACGCCGUCCAGAGUAAGACUGCGUAGGGGACACAGGACUACACCAGUGCAGCGCCCCCUUCAUUCUCAUGAUCAGUGGAGGUCCUAGAGGACAGAAUCCCACUGAUCAUAAACUCCUUUAAUCCAUCGCAUUGGAAUGAUCUGUCUUUAUAUCAGUUUCCAAAACUAUUCCUGAAAGAGGGUUGCCCCAUCUCGCCGUUUCCACAGCAAGCCAGGUGGCUGGGCUUAGAGAAACUGCCGAGGGGCCAGGUGCUCCCCUCCUUUGACAGAGCCAGGCAGACACGAUCGCAUUUACCCUGCCUGGUCCUGUCAAUUAAAGUGCAGAGGGUGCAGCAGUUGCCUCUAGGUGUAAUGGUAACGCCCCCGUUGCUCCUAGAGGCUUAUUUGCAUAUAGUAAAACAUAAUUUUUCUCAGCAAUGCGGGCACAUAUGAACAUGGGACCAACACAGGAUUCCUUCAGCUGCACAUGUAACAGGUCCGCCAGUGUCAUAGCUUCUCUAUGGAAAACUGCACAUUCACAAAAUUCCCAGUUCGUCAGAUCUCAUGGAUGUUUCCUCCUGUGGUGAUUGCCAACAGAGCAGGUUUACAGAAAUAAUGUGCCAAAAACUGGAGUAGAAUCCGCUUGUGCGGCCAUCAGUGUGUUCUGUACUGAUUGUAGUGUUUACAGGGGAUACAGUCUAUACGGUGACAGGGGUAACUAAUCCGUAUUUUUUUAUGCGCUCCAUGUUUGGUUAUAACCAGAAAAUGCAUUAAUCAAAGAAAUUAGUGUUUUUAGUUUAUGUGAUGUUUGAGUUCUUUUCUUUUAUGAGGUAUCCUCUUGUAAAAUGAUUGUUAUUAUACUCUUGAUUAUAGUCUUGCAAUAAAUAAAGGUGGAAUUAUAACCCUGCA